AUGGAGCUCUUUAGCACGUGCCAGGUGGGAGUCAACAAGCUUAACCAGAAGUUGGGCGACGCAGCGUACAGGCCGGUGAGCGUCAUAUCGGCUAGUGAGUCCAAGACAAUACCAGAGAACAGUACCAAAAUCGCUAUGCUCGUACAGCUGGCGCCACUGGCCGACUGUCUUCCGGCUGCAGCGACGGCAAUAGGCGACAGUAUCCUUUUGGCGAACGAAAAUGGCUCUAGUUGGAAGCUGGAGGGCUACAAGCGCCACUCGCUCUCAGAUUGUUGA